UUACAGAGAACCAUAGCAUAUAUGAAAAUUCACAGCCAAACCAUGCACUGUUAAAACAAACAUUUGAAUAGCUUAGUUGCAAUUUUGCAUGUCGAAAUAGAACUAUCGUUUUGUAAUUCACUGGAAAAAUGGGAUCAAAUUUAAAGUAUUUGCCUAUUGUGGCAUUUUUAUCUUUGCCCUCUUCGUUGAUAAUUUCAUUUUCAGUAAGUUAUUAUAAUAAGCACAUAACGACUGCAAUUCCGUAUAUAAGUGAUUCAGGGUCGUUUCAACCAGAGAGUUGCAUUUUUGGACAGGCACUGAAUAUUUGUUCAGUUUUAAUGGUAUUGUCAAUGUACAUUCGGUACAGGCAAAUAGAGUAUGUAAUAAUUCGUCAUGAGUACAGUUGUAACAAUCACUUAAUAAAUAAAAGGUCUUUUUUUGUUGGAAUUGUGGCAGCUAUUGGCGUUAGUAUUGUCGGCAACGUACAAGAAAGUGCAUGUUUAUUCAUGCAUUGGGUAGGAGCUUCAAUGUGUUUUGGACUUGGAGCUCUUUAUCAAUGUCUGCAGACACAUAUUUAUUAUAACCUAUAUCCGAUCAUCGGUCAAAAAGUGAUCAAUAGAUUUAGAUUGUUCCUAUCGAUUGCGUCUGCAAUUUCGUUCGUAAUAUUCUUUGGGACCGGAAUUGUGUCCAAUAUGCAGUUCACAGGCACAGAUGGAACUAAAUGGCAGCCGGAGGAUGGAGGACAUGAUUUACAUGUAAUAAGCGCAAUUAUGGAAUGGAUUUGUGCCAGUGGGACCAUGGUCUAUUUGCUUUUAUUCAAAAUUGAUUUCGAGACUAUAACAGUGAAAGAACCAGAAAUAUUCGUUGCUGAUAAUUUUACAGUUAAUGCAAAAAUUUGUUCUCGAAGAGUUUCAAACAAUAGCACUUUUAACUUUGAAAGUACUCAGUAUUACAUUAGCUUUACAAAAAUGAUAAGUGUUAAAAAUAUACCGGUGAUUGUUGUUUUAGUUACAGGUGUAACAGUGGCUAUAACGAGUGGCUUCGCCUAUUCUCAGAAACAUGUUACAUAUGUUGUCCCAUACAUAAGUGAUACGGGCACGUAUCCUCCUGAAAGCUGCAUAUUUGGUCAGGCACUGAACAUAUUGUCUGUUUUAAUUGCUUAUAUGAUAUAUAUCAGGUAUCUGCAAAUAAAAGAAGUAAUAAACGACUCCAAUGGCAAUUACCAUAAUUUAAAUAAAAUAAAUUUGAUGUUUGGAUACUGUGCUGCCCUUGGGUUAAGUGUGGUAGGCAAUUUUCAAGAGACUAACCAAAUUACCGUCCACUGGACUGGAGCGGUUUGUGCUUUUGGUGGAGGUGCCUUGUAUCAGGUUAUUCAGUACGUAAUUAGUUUAAAGCAAGAACAUAUUUUUAACAAAGGCAUCAUCAAAAUUGUACAUUUUGUCUUAAUGGUAACGUCAGCAGUAACAUUUGUUAUAUUUUUUACUACGGGAUUAAUUGCGAACUCAGAAUUUCAAGGCGACGACUUGACGAAAUGGAAAAUGGAAGAUGGAGCUUUCGACCUACAUCUUGUCAGCACAGUAAAUGAGUGGAUUUGCGCUAAUUCGGUGAUGCUGUUUAUUUAUCUUUUGAAGUGGGAGCUUGAGAAAAUAACUGUAAAUGGAAUUAGAGUUACUUUAAACAAAACCUAUUAUAAUUAAACAAGAGCACUAAUUUAAUUAAUUAAGUUAAUAUAAUAAAAAUAAUUUUAACUAAUCCUAUCAUUACUAGAAACAAUACAAUUACUAGCAAAGUACUUCUCUCAAUAAAUUAAAUACAAAAUGUUUUCAUAUUAUAGCUGAUAUUUUAUUCAACAUGUAGGGUUAAGUUUCAUAAUACACUGAUGUAAUAUAAUUGUUUGAUACCUUGAACUGUCCAAUUCAAUUUAUUUAUAAUAAAUAAAUUAUAAAAUAUAUUUUAUAAUAUAAUAUACACAUUAAUUUAAUAAACUCUAAAACAAUGAUUUAUUUAUAGGGAUUUUAGUAUAUAUGAGAAUAACCAGUUUUGUAAAAUUCAAUUUUUUAUA